GCGAUCAUCGCAGUUCGCAAACCCCCAACCGCAGCAGGCACUUCCGCGCCCUCGCUCGCACGGGCGGCCGCGCUCAAUGGCCACCGUCGCGGCCCACCGUCCACUCCGAGCCCCCGCCCGCGUGGGUCCCGCGCCGUUCCGGCCGUCUAUCGUCGCCGCGGGGACCAGGUUACAUAGCCGGCCGGAGCCGCGCCGGCUGGCGGCGAGAGGCGGCCGGGAACUUGCCGGGGUCCAGGCGGAGGCUACCUCUGGCGGCGGAGGAGGGGGAGGGGGAAGGAGGGAGCCCAUGGUGCCUCCUUUCAAUGUCCUCAUCACCGGUUCCACGAAAGGUAUAGGAUAUGCGCUGGCAAAGAAGUUUCUGGAGGCCGGUGAUAAUGUUAUAAUCUGCUCAAGAUCAGCUAAAAAGGUAGAAUCUGUGGUCGGUGACUUGAACAAGGAAUAUGGAGAGCAACAUGUGUGGGGAACUGUCUGUGAUGUUAGAGAAGGAAAGGAUGUAAAAGCACUUGUUGAGUUUGCACGUGACAAACUUAAGUAUAUUGAUAUAUGGAUCAACAAUGCUGGAUCAAAUGCAUAUAUUUACAAACCGUUGGUGGAGACCUCUGAUGAGGCACUCAUGGAGGUCAUCACCACUAACACCCUCGGAUUGAUGAUAUGUUGUCGUGAGGCAAUAAAUAUGAUGCGGAACCAAUCUCGAGGCGGUCACAUAUUUAACAUCGAUGGUGCUGGUUCUGAUGGAAGACCAACCCCAAGGUUUGCUGCAUAUGGUGCAACAAAGCGAAGUGUUGUGCAUCUUACAAAAUCACUACAGGCUGAGUUGCAGAUGAAUGAAGUGAAUAAUGUCAUGGUGCACAACUUAUCGCCUGGCAUGGUUACAACAGAUCUUCUUAUGUCUGGUGCUACAACAAAACAAGCCAAAUUUUUCAUCAAUAUAUUAGCUGAACCUCCUGAUGUGGUUGCAGAUUACCUUGUUCCAAACAUCAGAACAAUCCCUACCAAUCAAUCCAUGAAGCCAACCUACUUUCGCUUUCUCACGGGCUUGAAAGCCUAUUCAAGAAUUUUUUCGAGACUUGCUUUUGGUGCUCGAAGAAAUAAAUAUGUUGUUGAGGAUUAGUUGUCCUUGCUUCCAUCUUCCAACGUGAAGAGACUAGGAACAAUUUUUUCAUUAUCUAUUUUGAGUCACUUCUUUUUCUUAAAGAUUGAAUGUAUUGCCAAUGGCAUCUCGAGAAAACGUAGUGAUGUACUCCUCUUCUGUACAGUACUAUCAAUUUGAUUACCUCAUUAAAGCUUC